AAAUAAAGUGUAUAUGUGUUUCGGUCAACGGUGUCAUGUUGCGUAUUAACACUCCGUUGCAUUUCGCGAUGAUUAACAGUGUGUAAAAGUAUUGCGACGGUUCAGUUAGCUGUAGGGAUAUCAACGAUAUCGGACAAUCGACAUGGAUCGCGUCAUGCAAAAGUGGGUGACGCAGCGUGUCUGCCUUUUCAUCGUCGUGUUGUUUCAUCUCGCGAAUACCAGUCAUUGUUUACAAAAGGAAAAAAAUGCCACAGCUUUACCGGUGCCGAUAGUGCUGUGGCACGGGAUGGGUGAUAGCUGUUGCUUCUCUUUUAGUCUUGGAAGAAUAAAACACUUUUUGGAAGAUGAAAUACCAAAGGUUUAUGUGAAAUCUAUACGUAUUGGAAAUGAUAUUACACAGGAUGUGGAGAACAGCUAUUUAGGUAAUAUCAAUGAGCAAAUAGAGCAGGUGUGUGAACAACUGCAGCAAGACUCAAGGCUGCAACAGGGAUACAAUGCUAUUGGCUUCUCUCAGGGAGCUCAAUUUCUGAGAGCAAUAGCUCAAAGAUGUCCCGACCCACCGAUGCGAAAUUUGAUAUCUUUGGGUGGUCAACAUCAAGGUGUUUACGGCUUGCCGAAGUGUUCAGGCACAUCUCAUUUAUGCCAAUAUAUACGGCGUUUGCUCCAUUAUGGCGCAUAUUUACGGUUUGUUCAACGGUCGGUAGUGCAAGCUUCCUACUGGCAUGAUCCCCUGAACAUAGAUGAAUAUGUGGAGAAAAGUAUCUUUCUCGCUGAUAUCAAUAACGAAAAAGUAACCAAUAAGACAUAUAAGGAUAAUCUUCAGAAGCUGCAAAAUUUAGUUCUCGUGAAAUUCGAGAACGACACAAUGGUGCAACCGGUGGAAACGGAGUGGUUCGGAUUCUACAAGCCUGGUCAAACAAAGACGAUACAGACUCUGCAGGAGAGCGAAUUGUACAGAGACGACCGACUUGGAUUGCACAAGAUGGAUAAGGCCGGCAAAAUUCAUUACCUUUCCACACCAGGUGAACACUUGCAGUUUACGAACGCCUGGUUUACUGAGAAUAUAAUUAAGAAGUUUUUAAUUUAACUGGCGAAACAUCGUGAAAUAUUUCCUAAGUAAGUUUGAAGAUCUUGAAGUUUAAUAUAUGACACAAACACGCGCACAGGAAUAUAAAUGACAUGAAUAUGAGUGAUAUGAAUAUAAAUAUGAAAAAAAAAAAUUCAU